CGCGGUUCAAAGCGUUUCGAGCUAAAUCAAAUAGACGACGCAGUUGAUAAUCGUUUGUUGGACACACUAGAGAGUGAAACGGCGACUGUGAAAUCUGUGACAACGAGUCGCACAACGACACAGCAUCCGCUUAAUAGCAACGGCCAUGCUGCACCGAAUUUCAUGCACUUCAGUUCCGAAACCUAUGAGUCUGAGUCAGAGCCAGAACCAGAACUAGAACCGGCAGAACUUUGGCGUAAAGCAAAGGUGUCAAUUUCACCAAAAACCCACGAGAAAGUAUAUGUGGUGACGCCGCAGCCGCUAUUCUUUCCGCAACGUGCGUUGACCAAGACUAGCACAACCACUGCAGCACCGUCUGGCUUAAGGAAAACUGCGCGUUUCAUAGUGAGGCCAACACCUGGAAAUGGCAACAACUCAUCAACGCCAGCGCCUAGCCUUUACCGUCCUGAGCUCUUCGGUCUCAUGGGUCUCUCGGCGUAUGUACCAGCCAAGCCAGUGGAAAUCAUCGAUGGAAAUUCAAAAGUCCUGAAUAUUAUAACAACGACGCCAGCUAGUGAGCAACAGGAUGCAACAACCAGACCAAUGGCAUUCGUCGAGCAGUUGUCGAUGGUGAAGAAGGGUAGACGACUGCGAUCCACAAUGUCGCCAUCGCCAAGAUAAAUACAUAUACAUAAAUACUCGUGCUGAAAAUUACUCACAACUAAUCGAAAUGGAACGAUCUUGUGGACUCAUAUAACUUUUGUAAUAUAAUUUUUCAAUCGAUAUUUUGGUGUAACUAAAUGCGUAUGUCAUAUUUAAGCGCAUUUAACAUUUAGUAACUACUCUUAAGGAUGUAAAUUAAUUCAAGCAAUUAUAUAUAGUGAAAGCUCUAGGAUAAAUCAGUCCUAAUGUGCUGAAUUUAGUUUUAAGAAAAAAAGUAAUAUGGACCCUAAAUCGUUGUAUGCGAAAUAAAGUUUUAAAAUUAAAUUGAAUUAAAAAAAA